AGACUGCGAGCCUGAAACCUAUGGGGAAGGAGUAAAAAAAGACAUUCGGUAUCGUCGCACUCUGUAUCUUUAGACCAUCGUUUUUGAGAGGCUCGCCGCUUAAGGAACGAGAUACAGACGCCGAAAUUUGACUAAGGCAAAGCCGGGAGCGAGCACCAGCCCGAAGGGUGUAAAUUAGCCGCACAAAGACUGUCGCGACGGCAGGUUUUCCGUUGGAGGAUCUGUAGGCUCUGGUAUAGUGAGGGAGCCGCCAUGGCAGUCGGAUCAUUGAGGCUCCACAUCGGGAUAUGAAGAGGAGCUGAAUGCCCCCCCUGAAUUGACUCGUUUUGCCUCUGGAUUUGACAACCGAGCCAACUACUAUUCGCAUUCGUGGAAACCACACAGAAAAAGACGUUUUAGCAAACAAGGUGGCCACAUAGAGAGGCCAAAUUCACCACUAUUUCAGUCGGAGACGUGUCUUGUGAGGCCCGCUGAAAGGAAAGCUGGACUAUAAAGCAGAUAAAUAAUGCUCUGAUUGCCCGUCGUCGGGGAAAUAUAGGACAGUUUUAUUUUGUGGUUAUAAACCAGUUUGUUAACGGGCUCUCUUUUUGCCUGUGCCCUUCUUCUGAGACACUAAGAUAUUAAUUUUACUGUCAUCCUGCAUUUGGAUGAGAAGCUUCGGCGAAUCGAGCCACCCUGUCGUUUAGCAAGUCGAAAGAAUCAAAGGGAUUGGAUCAUGUCGGGUCGGCCCAGGACCACAUCCUUCGCCGAGAGCUGCAAACCAGUGCCGCAGCCCUCUGCUUUCGGCAGCAUGAAAGUCAGCAGAGACAAAGAUGGCAGCAAGGUAACAACAGUUGUGGCCACUCCAGGCCAAGGCCCAGACAGGCCACAGGAGGUCAGCUACACGGACACCAAGGUUAUCGGCAACGGCUCCUUCGGUGUUGUCUAUCAAGCAAAACUCUGCGACUCUGGGGAAUUGGUGGCGAUAAAGAAGGUCCUACAAGAUAAGAGAUUUAAGAAUCGUGAGCUGCAGAUCAUGAGGAAGCUGGACCACUGCAACAUAGUCCGCCUGCGUUACUUCUUCUACUCCAGUGGGGACAAGAAAGACGAGGUGUACUUGAAUCUGGUUCUGGACUAUGUUCCUGAGACGGUCUACAGAGUGGCCAGACACUACAGCCGAGCCAAACAAACGCUGCCCAUGGUUUAUGUUAAGCUGUACAUGUACCAGUUGUUCAGGAGCCUGGCUUACAUCCAUUCGUUUGGGAUUUGCCAUCGGGACAUCAAGCCCCAGAAUCUGCUGCUGGACCCAGAGACGGCUGUGCUGAAGCUCUGCGACUUUGGCAGUGCGAAGCAGCUCGUCCGUGGAGAGCCCAAUGUGUCCUAUAUCUGCUCUCGCUACUAUCGGGCCCCAGAGCUCAUCUUCGGAGCCACUGACUACACCUCCAGCAUAGAUGUGUGGUCAGCUGGGUGUGUACUGGCAGAGCUGCUGUUGGGACAGCCCAUCUUCCCUGGUGACAGUGGGGUGGAUCAGCUUGUGGAAAUUAUAAAGGUUCUUGGUACUCCGACCAGAGAACAAAUCCGUGAGAUGAACCCCAACUACACUGAGUUCAAAUUCCCCCAGAUUAAGGCCCACCCUUGGACUAAGGUGAGUCAGCAGGUCUUCCGACCUCGUACGCCUCCAGAGGCCAUCGCCCUCUGCUCUCGCCUGCUGGAGUACACGCCCACGGCGCGCCUCACCCCUCUAGAGGCCUGCGCACACUCCUUCUUUGAUGAGCUGCGUGACCCCAACAUCAAGCUGCCUAACGGGAGAGAGAAGCCCUCACUCUUCAACUUCACCACCCAGGAGCUCUCUAGUAAUCCCUCACUGGCCUCCAUACUCAUCCCUGCCCACGCCCGCAGCCAGGCUGUAGCCGCGACACCAACCAACGCGUCUGCCAACACAGACGGCAGCAGCACAGAGCGGGGUCCCAGCACCACCACCGCCUCCGCCUCGGCUUCCAACUCCACUUCCUGAGCCCACAGACCUCACUUGUCCCCCGCCCCGGUCUCAGCCCCGGCCCACAGCCUCUCCAUUGCGCCCCCUGGCCAGGGGGUGAGCUGCCAUCAGCUCUGCUCCUGGCAGCGGUGCAGCGACGCUAAAGCGGGCCCGGGGCUCAACAGCGACACAACAGCCCUGAGACAUGACCACACAAACCCAAGCCCCCCUGACCUUCCUCUCUGCUCCCCAGCUGUCUGAACUCUCCGUGCUCUUUAACAGUGAAAUGUAAGGGCAGAAGCGUUGACGACUACAAGUAUACUGUACAGGUAUACUUGCACAGUUAGCCUCCUUAUAUUUGUAAGAGGACAAUCUGUGGAAAAAAAAAAAAAGAAGCCCUUUGCUGUUCCCCUCAGCCCCUCCUCGACUGUCCCUACCUCUCUGUAUCGUACCACAUCUCUGAAUCCUCCCCCUCCUCUGGUUCCUCCUGUAGUGCAUGACCCGAGUACAGUAGGAUCAGCCACAGAGGGGGGGUGGGUGCCCUGCCCUUUCAUCUCCGCAGACAAGGCAUGAGGCUCACGCACGUGUAUUACACACACUCAGACACAGCCACAUCCUCGCACACCUUGAUGCAUGAUGAUGAUGUCCGUUAGAAAAAGCUCAGCAGAUCGGAUGAUUUCCUUCUCCUGGAUUAGUUUUUAAUUGGUUAGCUUGUUUUUAUUUUAUUUUUACUUUGGAUUCCCAGGCAGUGUUUUCUGGUGGAGGUGUGCAACGGGUGUGACGUGUAUCUGCCCCUGUGUGCUUGUAUAAUAUAUACAUACAGUACAAACAAGCAUACACCCAGUUUAUAUAUGACUUUUCUUUCUGUACAAAAAGUAUAUAUAGAUAUAUGUAUAAUAACUACAAUGGUUCAGAAAUCAUUUAUGUUGAGCUCAUAUCUGGCAGAGUAGUGGCAAUAUUUGCUGCUGCCUAUGACAGAUGUAGAUGCGGUGAUGUUUUGUUUGUUUUCUCUGUUCUUGCUGGAAGAGUCCAGCAGGAGGUUCUGUCCUCCUUCUAGUGUUAAAGGCUGAUUUCGGAGCACCUGCGUUGCUCCUUUUUGCCUUGGACUCAGUAACAGUGUGACAGAGCAGCGUCUCGACAAAACUGUUCACCUCCUGCGUGCAUCCGCCUCCUCCUUCCAGAUGAUCACGUUUAGUUCAUUUAUUUUUUUGUCUGUCAGUGAGCGGCGGCGCUCUGUACAGUGUUAGCCACCCUUCAUCCUUACAUUACAGUGCACAGAGAGCUGCUCGGUACAGUUUUUACCUACCAAGAACAUUCACUACAUUUAAAAUAAGAAAAGAAGAAAAAAAAACUGAAUUUGUAUAUACAUUAUAAAUGCUCGUCACCAAAACUCUGACUUGUAUGUCUUGUAUCUUAUGUUAUGAUUUUUUUUUUUUUGGUCUCCCAUGUUGUGUUUAAGGUAUGUAUAUAUGCUGACCCAUGUACUGUUUAUGAGCAAAAACAAAAGAGUUGGGAAAGAAAAAAGAAAUAAAAAAAAAAAACAGGGCAGAACUGAUAUUGUUUAUGGAUAUUGUUAGAUGACGACGAUGAUCAGCUUUAUCCAGCCAUAUGUUCAACCUUACCUGUACAGUACAGUAGAUAUCAGCUGUAUUAUUGUAACAAGAACUAGUCAUGUAUAGUGUAACUAUAGUUUGGAGUGCCUUUGCUUUCAUACACCUUCGCCUUGUCUCCUCCAUCACCCCCUCCCUUGGUGUUGUGACCCUCCCCUGGGUGCUGUUGAGCCUCUACCUCCUCAUUUACUCCCAUUUGUCAUCAAAAACACUUCAUGCAUCAUAAGACGUUAAUUGUAAGGAUUUAUUUUUUUCCUCAGCUGAAAAUACACUAUAGACAGGUGUUUAUUUUGAUGUUUUAUCCGAGGCACACGUGGACUGAUGAGGCAGCAGGAGGUCCUGUUUACUGUACAUAUAGACUACAGUAGAGACUCCAUAUCGCCAUCAGUGUUGGUUCUGUUACCAAAGCCAAACGUUGACAAAGUGAUGAGCCAUCCUCAGAGGCAAUAACUCUCCGUUUUGAUUUGUCCUCCCUGUUGUGACAUUUCUGUGUCCUGUUUCUCAUCCCUGGGCUGCAUAUCUUGAAAUGUAAAGAUGGGGGAGGGGUAAAAAUUCAGUAGCACCUAAGGGGGGGUCGAGUCAUGUAGCCUUUCUCCUCAUCGUCUGCUUGCUGUAAUUUUUGCAAUCAUGGACGUGUUGCUUCCCUCCACCUGAAGGUUUGACCACUUGACCCCCAACCCUAAACACCCAGUUGAAUAAAAACAAAAUGGUAACCAAAAAGAGAAAAGCAAGUAUAUUUACUAGUAUCGUACGUUAUACUAGCAUAUAUACUGGUCCUAUACCUACUGGGUUUAAUGGGGUUAAAGAGACACAAAAGUAAAAAAUACUACAAAUACAUCCUGUAUAACAGUAAUGCUACUUGAAUGCCUCUGUUUGUGACUGAAAUGUUUUAUUUUUUUGUUUUGUUUUCCUUUUGUUUCUGUGAAGGUAUGCUUAAUGUGCGCCUCUGUAAAUAUUCCCUCUGCGUGCUCCGAGGAAUAGUUCCCUGGUACUGUAAUUUGCAACAAAUAAAGAUUAGGAUAGCCUGGAAAUGA